UCUUUCUUUUGAACAGUUCCCGACAACAGAAACUGUCUUUGACUCAUUCUCAAUCGAAAAAUUAAUAAAUGCAAUCGAUAAACUUCUAAUUUCAAUAUACCAUGACUCAAGAAUAUAUAUUUAAGAAUAAAGACAUCUGGACGGCUACAGAUUAUAAAGAGGAAAGGCAACGCAUCCGAGAUUUUUGGUUGCAAUUGUCAGAACAGGAAAGAAGAUCCCUCGCUGAAGUAGAAAAAGAUACCAUCAUACGUCGAAUGAAGGAACAUCAGAAACAUCACUGUCAUUGCACAAUAUGUGAUAAAAAGAGGGCAAGCAUUGAUAUUGAAUUAGAACGUCUUUACGAUGCUUACUACGAAGAGUUGGAAGAAUAUACCUUUCGUCAGCAACAGAAAAGACAAUUAUACAAUAGCUCUACUACCACUUCGACUACGACAACUACUGCGUCAGUUACAUUUGGCGUAGAAGAAGUUUUUGACGAGGAGCAAGAGAUGACAGAUGACAAUGACGAAGAUGACGACGAGGAAGAUGAAGAUAUGAUGAGUGAUUCAGACAACAAUAAGACAGAUGAUGAUAAGAUAGCUAUUAGGCGAAAUCUAACUAAAACAGUGAGAAUCAAAGGAAAUAUGCUGGCUUUAGCGAAUGAUUUUUUGAAAAACGAUGGCAGAGGGUUUAUCAGUAUGAUUGAACAAUUGGCUGAAACAAAACGGAAAAGAGAAAAAGAAGCAGAAGAAGUUCUUCAACAAGAGCGAUGUACAGCACACGAAGAUAACCAUUAUGAUGAUACUGAGGCUCAGCGCGAUGACGCAGCAUCAGAUAGCGAAUAUAACGAAGAAGAUGAAGAUCACGACCAACAAGAGCACGAUCAUGAGGAAGAAGAAGACGAAGAGGACGACGAUGAAGAUGAGGACGACGACGAAGACGAAGAGGAGGAGGAUGAAGAGACCGCUGAACUGAAAAAGAAACAAAGAAUGGAAGAAGGUCGAAAAAUGUUUCAGAUAUUUGCUGCGAGGAUGUUUGAACAAAGAGUUUUAAGUGCUUACAGAGAAAAAAUUGCUCAAGAAAGGCAGAAACGUCUCAUUGAAGAACUUGAAGAAGAAGACCGCUUAAAGCAAGAACGAGAGGCUAAAAAGCAACGUGAAAGAGAGAAGAAAAAAGACAAGAAGCGACAACUGAAAUUGCAGCAAGAAAAAGAACGCCAGGAGUUAGAGAAUAAACGAAAACAAGAAGAAUUAGCAGCUAAGAUGGAACGUGAAAAGAAAUUAGAGAAAGCGCGUUUAAAAAGGGAAGAAGAAAGACGUCAGAAAGAAGAAGAAAGAUUACGAAAAGAGGAGGACCGUCGAAGACGAAAAUUAAAAGAAGAGGAAAGAAAGCGUAAACAAGAAGAGGAAUUACGUCAGCAAAAGAAGAAGCAAUUGGAAGAGAAGAAGAGACUUGAAGCAGAAGCAGCAGCAGUCGCAAAAGCUAAACAAGCUGCUGAGGAGAAAGCUGAAGCUGAUGCAGUGGCUAAAGCGGAACAAGGAAAGACAGCAAAGGAAAAUGAGGAGAAGGAGCGUAAACGUAAAUUACAAGAAUUCACUUAUGCACAGCAACAACAGCAACAGCAGCAACAGUUAGAAGAGCAACAACGGAUACCAAAUGUAUCUACUAUUGGAAGUCCGUCGAGGAAGAAGAAAGCUAAUGAUGUUAACAAAGUGAACAAUGUCAGCGAUCAAGCACAGCAAACACGACAAAUAACUUCCUCAGUAACGCCAUCCAACGUUUGCCAAAAUAAUAACGACACAUCUUAUUAUUCUUUAUUCUCCAAUGUUCUAUUCAGACAGCCUAUAACUAAUAUUUCUAAACCGACCUCUUCAGCGUCUAAUCUCACAAGUAGCAAAAGUGCUUCAUUCAUCGGCAGUAGUAGACGACGACGACAAGGGUUCACAGGUUUAUCAAAUGAUGUGAAAUGGACAAAUGGCUGGACACCCUUAAAUGCCUUCUCGGAUACUGUUCACGAUAGGAUCUUUGGUGAUGUCUUUGCUGGAAGGUAUACACUAAUACUGAAAAAGGCGAAAAAGGCAUACCUAAAAUUGAAUGAAUUUGCACAAGCCCAAUUGUAUAUGACGCCUGAAUACCACACUUUUGAGCAGCUGCAUCAAAUGAUUCAGCAACUAGAAAAAGAAGAGGAAAGAGAAAAUAAACUGGCCGUUACUACGACAACUACAACCAUUUCGACUAAAAAGGUUACUUUUGAAGAAUUGUAUGAAGCAGUGACUCAAUUAGACAGCGGUUUUCAAUGCGUCAAUCAUCCUCAGCAAGGCUUUAUUGUACAUUUACCGUCAAGUCCCUAUAAUUCUACACCGCUACAGUCUACUCGGCCGAUAUUAUCUCAGUCCAUUUUGUUACGGCAGCCAUCACCGCUUUCACAAAGUAGACAAGUCAACCACAUUAAGCAACCAACUAUUACUCAAUUCUCCGCAUCUGUUCCUCCCCCAGGGAAUACUAUUUUGGACGUCUUAUUGACAAACAAUACCACACCAUCAGCCGGAGCCAUGUCAACUAAUUCUCUUGCAGCAGCCAUACCGCCACUGCCCCCAACUACGUUAACAGCAUCAUCUUCAGCUUUCUCAAAUUUCUUUUGAGAAUUGCUCUGUUUUUUUAUGUGAUAACUCAUCAAAUGCGUUAGCUGUCUUGUACUAACGGAAAUAAAAUGAUUAGUGUGCGGUUAUGUUGCAGUAUAAGUUUCCCCUGAGCUGAAUUAAAAAAAAAAAAAAGCAACAGAGCCUUUUUUU